AGUACCUCAUGGUUGAGCUGACGGAGAGGUGGCGGACUUCUUCGAUUUCGGAGUCUCGUUGGAGAUGGCAACUUGUCCGGCGCAGUUCGAGUCCCUGCUAUUUGUCGACGAGGUAGGAGCAGCUUUCCGGAAAGUCCCCGAAGUGGUGCAGCGAACCUCAUCGAUGGCGGGGGCGAGCAAGGCCUUCCCUGCUGUUGCGAGAUCCACCUCCUUCGUGGCUGCCUUCCUCUCUCUGGUCGCUCUCUUCUCCGCCUUCCUUCUCUUCUACUACGCGAGGUACUCUUCGUCCUCGCGCUGGCUCUUGAUCUCCGACUCCCUGGACGCCCCUCUCCACCUCUCCAAGGGGAGCCCUAACCCUUCCCCUUCUCCCGAGUACUCCUUUCUCGUGUCGCUCGAGAAGUUCCUGACCUCGCGCGCGCCCGCUGCUGGAUCCCCGGGCGUCGCUUCUGCUGCUGAUGGCGGAUCUCCCUCUGCCGCGGUCAAGGCGCUCGACGGCUCGAUCUGGAAGGAAGAGGCGGAGAGGCUUUACGGAGAUGCGGUGGAUCCGUGGUCGGCUUCCUCGGUGGUGCGCGUCUACGUAUACGAGAUGCCGGCUAAGUUUACCUACGAUCUGCUGUGGCUGUUCAGGAACACGUAUAGAGAGACGUCGAACCUGACCUCCAAUGGCAGUCCUGUGCACCGGCUGAUCGAACAGCAUUCUGUUGAUUACUGGCUCUGGGCAGAUUUGAUUGCACCGGGGUCUGAGAGGCUUCUGAAGAAUGUCAUUAGGGUUAAUAGGCAAGAGGAGGCAGACUUCUUCUACAUCCCAUUUUUCACAACAAUUAGCUAUUUCUUGCUUGAGAGACAGCAAUGCAAGGCACUUUACAGGGAAGCUCUAAAGUGGGUGAUUGAUCAGCCAGCUUGGCAACGAUCUGGAGGAAGAGAUCAUAUACUUCCAGUCCAUCAUCCUUGGUCUUUUAAAUCCGUCCGCCGAUUCAUGAAAAAGGCAAUCUGGCUUCUGCCAGAUAUGGAUUCCACAGGAAAUUGGUACAAACCAGGGGAAGUCUGGCUUGAAAAGGACCUUAUUCUUCCGUAUGUUCCUAAUGUUGAUCUAUGUGAUGCACAAUGCUUACAUGAUUCUCAGUCAAAAAGAAGCACAUUGUUAUUUUUUCGUGGAAGGCUGAAGAGAAAUGCUGGAGGUAAAAUUCGUAGUAAACUUGCAGCAGUGCUACAUGACAGUGAGGGUGUUGUUAUGUUAGAGGGAAGUGCUGGUGAAGCUGGGAAGGCAGCAGCUCAGACUGGGAUGCGCAGAUCUCUCUUUUGCCUAAGCCCAGCUGGUGAUACCCCAUCCUCAGCUAGGUUGUUUGAUGCAAUAGUUAGCGGUUGUAUUCCAGUUAUUGUCAGUGAUGAAUUAGAGCUUCCAUUUGAAGGAAUACUUGAUUAUCGUAAGAUAGCACUUUUUGUUUCUUCUAACGCUGCUGUACAACCCGGGUGGUUGAUUAAUUUCCUUAAGAAUAUGGAUUCUAAGCAAAUCAGGGAAAUGCAAACCAACCUGGCUAAGUAUGCGAGGCAUUUCUUAUUCUCGAGUCCAGCUCAGCCUCUCGGCGCAGAGGACUUAGCAUGGAGAAUGAUUGCUGGCAAGUUGGUGAACAUCAAGCUGCAUACAAGGAGGUCGCAACGCGUGGUAGAAGGUUCCAGAAACUUGUGCACCUGUGAAUGCAGAGCAGGAAACAUCACCAGGUCACCAUGAAUUCCAUCUUUAGCCAUAUUCUUCCACAUUUUGUUUCGUUAUCAUUAUCAUAACCCAGUUCUCGUAGCUGUAUAGAAAACUCUGCUACUUUUUCCAUGAUUGUUAAUCUUGUAAUUGUGAAUGCCAUGUGGUCUUUUUUCUAUUCUUCUGCCUAAACAUGUUUGCAACUCUGAAUUUAUUAGGUAGGUUUUUUUUUUUCUUGACUAAUGGUUAGUAAUGCAUUCCUUUCAA